AUGGACCGAGACGACUUACGCAACGCCCGACGUAGCCGUAAAGCUAUUGCUACAGGAACAGCCAAUGUUGUCCAACAUGUUGAACACAUAGACCUAGAUAUACGAUACAAUUGGAACAAUUCACGCGCAGAGACUGAGGUAGCUCUUGCGGCAGUUGAAUGCUUCAUGCCACUCCAGGUUCUCAGGUUGAAGCAAGCGACUUUACAUCUCGAACGAGAUCGAAGUUUUCAUCAAAAUCCGCACUUUCGUAAUCCUACGAUUCAAAAGAUUGAACGAGAAGCUUUGUCCGCGCUUCUGGCCCCAGAUGGUUUGGAAUUGGCCAAAACUGCCCGAAAGCCCCCAAAGCAUUUUUGCACAGAAGCUGCGAUCUAUGGAGAGUAUCAGAAGAGGACAUUGUACUGUAACAGGAUCCUUGAGCAGAACGAAAAGAAGGUCCGAGAGCAUGAUGAGCAUGAGAAGUCAGUACAAGAAUAUCUAGAAUCGAAGAAGGCGUCCCGUGACCAGCUCAAGGCUCUGAAUUUUGUAAUGGAACGAAAAGCUGGUAGCUUGCUGAAAGCUCGGAAUGAAGCUGAAAAGUCUACUCAGACGUGGAAGGAGAUCCAAGGCAAGAGACGAGAAGAACGUGAUAAGCGUCUUGAAAAGCUGCGCCGUGUGAGAGAGAGCAGCAAUUCUGACUGA